CAAGCUUCGAAAGCUUCAUAGAUCGAAAACAAUCCACCUUUCACCUUGAAACAACACAAAUCCUCAACUCACUCCUUGUGCGCGUCUCACACGUCUACUCCCCUUUCACUUGACCGCUUGCAACAACCCAUCUCUUCAGCCAUGUUUCGCCCCGACCUCUACGGCGAGGAAGAUCCCAUGGCCAUGUACCAAGCGGCCAUGAUGCGGAGAGGACAGCCUCGUCGUUUUGACGAAUACUUCAGAUGCUACCCGAUAGCCAUGAUGCCCGGCCCAGAGCGGCCAGAAGCAAAUACAGGCGGCAAGAUCUUUCUACCUGCGAGCGCUCUCGAUAAGCUUACACGUCUACACAUCACAUACCCUAUGCUCUUUGAGCUCACGAACGGCUCCAUGGAGAAAUCCACACAUGCAGGUGUUCUUGAAUUCAUUGCUGAAGAGGGCAAAGUCUAUCUGCCUUACUGGCUUAUGCAGACACUGCUCCUAGAGCCCGGAGACCUAGUACAGGUCAAGAGCACCGAUCUUCCGUUGGGGAGCUUCAUCAAGCUGCAGCCGCAGUCUCCAGACUUCCUCGAGAUCUCCGACCCAAAGGCCGUCUUGGAAAACGCGUUCCGCAAUUUUUCUUGUCUAACUACUGGCGACGUCUUUCAGUUUAGCUACAACGAUCAGAUAUACAGCAUAGCAGUAAUAGAGACACGACCGGAUAACCCGAAGAAAGGCAUCUGCACAUUAGAGACUGACCUUGAGGUCGACUUCGCCACACCCGUGGGCUAUGAGGAACCGAAGAAGACCAGCGGCACCAGCACACCGCGUAGCGCUACAGGAAGCCUGGCUGCUCAACAUGGCGUUCUACAUUCACACGGAACUAUGGCACAGGCGAUCAACUAUGCGGACAUUGCUCCUACAUCCACUCACGCCGCCGCAGGGGCGCGAGCUUUGUCUUCGAACUUCCAAGGCACAGGUCAGAAACUGGUCUCUAAGAAAGGGAGCAAGGCACCCACGCCAAAGCCUUCCACGCCAGUCGCGGGCGCGUCAGCAAACGCAAAUCCAGUCGCACCUAGGCCGAGGAGAAAUGGCCCCCAGCCGCUGAGACUACCGUACGGCAAGCUAUUCUUUGGUUAUGAGAUCAAGCCGGUGAAGAAGAAGGACGGUGACCUGAGCGAGGACAAGGCGAAGGAGAGUGUUCACUUUCAAGGCCAAGGUCAAAGCUUGAGAAAGAAAAAGGGAGACAGUAAGCGGUGAGAUGGCGUAUUAGUGUACGAUCGGGCACAUAUACUAUGUAAAGGAUUCGAAAGCAUAGCGAACGGCGCAUGGGAAAUGGAUCGAUUGGAAUGUCAUAGACCAUCCAAGAUAGGCAUUGCGACCUCAAGAACGAUGAUUUGAUGAUGUGCCACGUG